GGGGGGGGGGGUUAGACGUAUUUGGGGUAAUGGUCAACUUAGAUUAAAAUGGCAAAGUUAUUUGACUGAAAGAGGUGUGAGAUAUGUUGCUUUUCCUAAAGAUUUGAGUAUUCGUUGGAAUGGUACUUAUAAAUUACUUAAAGUUGUUCUUAGAUAUAAAGAACAUUUUCCUGCUUUUUUAAAAGAACAUGAUAACUAUAUUAUAAACGCGGCUGAGAUCGACACUUGCGAAAAAAUUUGUAAUGUUUUGAUAUAUUUUUUUAAUGCUACUGAAACUUUUAGUCAUGUUUAUAAACCUACCGCAAACCAAUUUAUUCCACAAGCUGUUAAUCUCGCCGAUGCUUUUAAAGAAUUUCAAAAUGCCGUUUUCGUUCAUUAUUUUUGUGAUUAUAUGAAGGAAAAGUUUUUAAAAUAUUAUGCGCAUAUUCCCCAUAUUUAUGGUAUUGCAUUUAUUCUCGAUCCUCGUUAUAGACUUGCUAAUUUGGAAAGUUGUUUCAACUUCUAUUAUCUUGCGUUUUUCGGUGAAUUUCCAAUGUAUGAGGAUAACCCCAUAGAUCCGAAAACGGAAUACAACGAGGUUAGUACUUUAUUUUAUGCCUUAUUUAAUGAGUUUCGUUCACAAUAUGGCAACGCUCCCCCUCCCCCGCCACGAACAUCUUCAUCUAAAGGAAAAUCGAUUUUUAAAUCUGCAUUUGGCAAUCUUAUGAAAAAAACUAAAACAACUCACGUCACUGAACAAAGCGCAUUGAAUGAGAUUACUUUGUAUUUAACAUAUGAAGUUGAUUUUGAAGAAAAUGAUGACUUCGACGUUCUAGACUGGUGGAAGUCAAAAGAAAGAACGUUCCCGAUUUUAGCACGGAUGGCUAAGCAAGUACUAUCAAUGCCGGUUUCAACAGUUGCUGUGGAACAAGAAUUUAGUUCGGCCGGCAACGUCCUAACGGCAUCUAGAUCGAGAUUGAGCGCGGAGUCUCUUGAGACGCUUAUAUGCUACCACGAUUGGUUGAAGGCCGCACGUAGAACUCAAGAAUUGAGCAUCACCCCCUCCCAAGAUUUUAUGGAUGACUCAACAACCGAUGGUGGCUCUACCUAUGCCGGAGAUUCCG